AUGGAUGAUACCUCCAACAAAGAAACGUAUGAACAAGAUGAAAUUGACUAUUUUCUCAAUCUUGGUGAAGUCCAAGCGAGGUCGAUAGGAGAUGGGGACGUCCAUUCGGUAAGAAAAAUGUGGACCUCUCUCAGAGGGCUCUGUAUCUUGGCUUCCUCGCUUGCAUUUCGUUACUAUGCCUUUCUCCCCCUGAAACGUAUUAGCUAUUUACUGUGCACGAAACGGGAGCUCGAGAACGACGGGCGAUGGCCACGAAGUAGUGAACACGGAAAACCAUCGGCUGCAGUACCAGCGUUACCUGUUCAAGAAGUAGUUUCGCUUAUAUACCGCAGUGAAGGUAUCCGAGGAUUCUUCAGAGGUGCACGUCUCAGUACGGCCUUCACCGUGGUCACCAAUGUAGAGAGUGUCCUCAUGAUGAAGCUCCUUUUCCAUAUCUCAAAAGUCAUAGCGAUGCCAUCGGUGUACGACUCCUCCUUGCCAUCCUCGAAGAGUGGAGAACUGACUCAAGGUCUUGGUUCUGAUACUUUCGCCAAGGUAUUUUGGUGGGGGGUGAUACCGACAGCAGUCUGGGCUGCCAGGUGGUCUCUGCGCUCGAUACGCACAAUGUUGUUGACGACGUACAUGUCCAGUGGGGUUGUUGUCGUUAAGAAAGAUGCUCCCAGCGACAGCAGUGAAAUCAGUCAGAAGAUUCAAGCUCAAGGGAAGCAUGGUAAAAAAAGCAAGUUCUAUGAUAAAACCAAGCUGCACCACCGGCCAGAAUCCCAGGAUCUCACGUAUACACAGCUUUGGAAGCGCGUCCGAAUCGAGUGCAGCUGGUGGGAUCUCCUGGGAAACGGCUGGGAAGUGGAUCUAGCUGACCAUUUUACGAGCAUUCUGCUUGAUAAAUUCAUCCAAGCCUCUAUGAAGAUGGUGCUGGGGGCGGCAAAGGUGAGCUCUGGGUUACCCCCAUGGCUUUUCCUUUCACCAGAAGUGACUUACGAUAUGUUAAGGUUCCUUCUUUCCGUCGCGGUGGCCGUAGUAGCGACGGCCGUACGGCAGCCACUUUUGGUAGUUUCUAGACGUAUGGCGCUAUUGUCGCUGCCAACACGAAACUCUGAAGAAAACCAUUUGCAUGAGGACCUCCGUGGAGCUGUAGAGAAUGGUCCCACAAAAGGAAAGGAUCAUCUACCUCGACGAGCUGGGCGGCGGUAUCGCAAUACAUGGGCAUGUAUCUCCUACAUUCUCCACAACGACGGAUGGAAAAGCCUGUUCGAUGGAAUUUCAUUCAACCUUAUGGUCCAAAUCACGUUGUUAGGCUUAACAUUCUUUCGGCAACGGUUCAUGGUACGAUAG